GGCAUAACUAAUUUAUUCAUAUGAAUUAGAAAGAAUUUAAAGAGGAACCAAAUAUGGUAAAACGAGGGGCGGGGCGGGGCGGGGAGGGGGGGAAGCAGUUGAUUUAAAAAAUUGAGAAAAGCAAAACAUGUUUGCCUGGCUUUGUAACUAAAGAAGACUGCUAAAAAUGGUCUGCAAAGGUGUAAGAACCAAAAAGCAUCUCCAGUGUUCUACCUUCACCAGAAACAUGUAAGGAAUUUCCUAGGAUGGAAUUAUGGAAAAGAUCCUCUUCAGGCCUUCAUUUGCUCAUUCAUUGCUAGUCAUGGUGCUAAAUACGGGAGAUAUAAAAUGAGUAUGGCAUGGCCCUGGCCUCAAAGCUUACCCUCAGAGGGAGAUACAGCAACUGUGCCGUACGCUGAUCUGUGAAAGGCACCAGAAAAUAAAUGUAAAAACCACACAGUGGGUACACAAAGGGGAGAGUGGUCAACUCUGUGAGUCUAAAAAAAAUAAUUCACAACAAUCACAUAGCGAUGUUCCGUGAGUCCCGUCCCAACCCCAUCCUCUAUAGCCAACCCCUAAGAGAAACGACAGGUGAACAGGGCGAAAUCCAAGCUGGGCUCUAAUUAAAUGUGUGCCCUAGAGCAACUCCUAGCACUACUCAGAGCCUCCGUUUCUCUCCUUGUAAAAGCCAGGAACCCUGCUCAACUAUAAAGUCUAUUUCUGCUCUGAAUUAUGAAAUAGAGGCAAAAAAAAGAAAAACCCAGAAAGGAAACUCACGAAAAACAAAAGUGAAAGUGCCUGAAGGGAACCCAGUAGUAAACAAGAGUACAAAAUUCUAUAUCUCACCGGAAAACGUGGCAGAGUUCCCAAAUAUUUUUUUUUCAGCAACUGUAAAAUUCGGAAAGAAUGAAAUGUCUAUCACUCCCUCUGAAUGUGAAUAAGAUCAGUGUAACACGAAUCUACCUUGCUCUAUGCAACUGUCUUCUGAAACAAUCCUCUCCGACCCUGAACAACCACUUAAAUAAGCGGUUCUUAAAUAAAUCAAUCCGUAGUGAAUGGUCCAUCCCCACAAAACCAAUCCCCAUUGAAGACCACACCAAGGUGUGCCCCACUUUGGGAAAAGGGGGAAAACGGGGGUAGAGAAGGAGGGGAAGGAUUGGAACCAACAUUAGAUUGUGCCUGGUGUUGCCACGCGGUUGUAAUAAACAACAGCGUCGAAGCAAACUGUUUUAAAACUUAGGAAAUACGGCGGCCUUUAAACUCUAUUAUGUCCCUGCUCAUGGCAAUAGUGGGACUUCUCUGAACGUAGCCUACAACGGUACAGCCGCCCGGGAGGGAGAGCGAGCUCUGGGGCGGACGGGCGAGUGAAGGCAGCCAGAGGAGGGGAGCAGGCUGACAGUUCCCCCAGCUUCCGCGGCGCGUGCGGGGCCGGGACUGGCGACCGCCACAAUCAGAGGGUGCGAGCUGGACCCACCGCGGUAACGGGUCUCCAGGGUGGGAGGAUGGUUGCUGCUUGUCCGCUGCCGGAGCCUCCCUUCUCGCAGCAGAGGACGGAGGGCGCGCGCACGUACACACACUCUCACACACACACACACACGCACGCACACACAUCCUUCCCCUAGAGUUGUGUCUCGUCUCCCUUUUGUUUUUCUCCCUUCCCGGUCAUGAGACCCGGAAGUUUUUUUUUUUUUUUUUUAAUCCCGUCUCUCUCCCUUUUCCAACCCCCCCGCCAUCUAUCACAUGGCAGAGAUAGAAUAAAAACAGAAAAAUGGCGACGGUCACGUUGUGGCGAGCCUUGCUGCGUCAUUAGAUAAUCCUCAUGCAAAUAGCGGGAAGAACAAAGGAAGGGGGGCCCGGGACCCCCGGGGGCGCAGAUUCUCGUCUUCUGGCUUCCGGUUGGGUUCAGCAACAAGGAGCACAGACAGAAGAUCGGGAGAGGGAAGGGAGAAGAGCAAGAUCAGGGCAACCCAGUUACCCGAAGAAAUACAACUUAAAGGGCGCCUGGAGCCGGGCCGGGACACCCACCCACGCUUUUCUAGGCUGAGGAAACCUGGGAAACUUUUGGGCUCCCGCCGAGUCACGCGGCUGUUCCACGGUAAGAAUUGUGCAACGGGGCGAGUCAGGCGGGCGUCCUAGUGGGGAAGAAGCGGGGGAGGCUGCUAUGGUGCCAAUGCUUUUCUUAAAAAAAAAAAAAAAAGCUAGGUUGUCUCACGCCGUGCGAGGCGAGACGGCGCGGCCGGACAGCCCAGUGCCCGCUGGCCCCAAGCCCGGGCCAAGAAAGCAUCGCUUCCCCGCCGGGACCUGGAAGGAGCAGCGCGUGCGUGCGUCCCCUCCCGGGGGCAGAGACCGCCCGCCCGCCACGGCGCUUUCCCGGGAGUCUGCGAGGGGCCAGGGUGCGAGCGGGAACUGCGGCAGGCGCAGACUGGCCACAUCGAUCGCGGCGGGGAAGUCUGGGCUCGCGCUUUCGCGCUUCUCUGAAGUAGCUUUGGAAAGUAGAGAAGAAAAUCCAGUCUGCUUCUUGGAGAACACUGGACAGCUGAAUAAAUGCAGUAUCUAAAUAUAAAAGAGGACUGCAAUGCCAUGGCUUUCUGUGCUAAAAUGAGGAGCUCCAAGAAGACUGAGGUGAACCUGGAGGCCCCUGAGCCAGGGGUGGAAGUGAUCUUCUAUCUGUCGGACAGGGAGCCCCUCCGGCUGGGCAGUGGAGAGUACACAGCAGAGGAACUGUGCAUCAGGGCUGCACAGGCAUGCCGUAUCUCUCCUCUUUGUCACAACCUCUUUGCCCUGUAUGACGAGAACACCAAGCUCUGGUAUGCUCCAAAUCGCACCAUCACCGUUGAUGACAAGAUGUCCCUCCGGCUCCACUACCGGAUGAGGUUCUAUUUCACCAAUUGGCAUGGAACCAACGACAAUGAGCAGUCAGUGUGGCGUCAUUCUCCAAAGAAGCAGAAAAAUGGCUACGAGAAAAAAAAGGUUCCAGAUGCAACCCCUCUCCUUGAUGCCAGCUCACUGGAGUAUCUGUUUGCUCAGGGACAGUAUGAUUUGGUGAAAUGCCUGGCUCCUAUUCGAGACCCCAAGACCGAGCAGGAUGGACAUGAUAUUGAGAAUGAGUGUCUAGGGAUGGCUGUCCUGGCCAUCUCACACUAUGCCAUGAUGAAGAAGAUGCAGUUGCCAGAACUGCCCAAGGACAUCAGCUACAAGCGAUAUAUUCCAGAAACAUUGAAUAAGUCCAUCAGACAGAGGAACCUUCUCACCAGGAUGAGGAUAAAUAAUGUUUUCAAGGAUUUCCUAAAGGAAUUUAACAACAAGACCAUUUGUGACAGCAGCGUGUCCACGCAUGACCUGAAGGUGAAAUACUUGGCUACUUUGGAAACUUUGACAAAACAUUACGGUGCUGAAAUAUUUGAGACUUCCAUGUUACUGAUUUCAUCAGAAAAUGAGAUGAAUUGGUUUCAUUCGAAUGACAUUGGAAACGUUCUGUACUACGAAGUGAUGGUGACUGGGAAUCUUGGAAUCCAGUGGAGGCAUAAACCAAAUGUUGUUUCUGUUGAAAAGGAAAAAAAUAAACUGAAGCGGAAAAAACUGGAAAAUAAACACAAGAAGGAUGAGGAGAAAAACAAGAUCCGGGAAGAGUGGAACAAUUUUUCUUACUUCCCUGAAAUCACUCACAUUGUAAUAAAGGAGUCUGUGGUCAGCAUUAACAAGCAGGACAACAAGAAAAUGGAACUGAAGCUCUCUUCCCACGAGGAGGCCUUGUCCUUUGUGUCCCUGGUAGAUGGCUACUUCCGGCUCACAGCAGACGCCCAUCAUUACCUCUGCACCGACGUGGCCCCCCCGUUGAUCGUCCACAACAUACAGAAUGGCUGUCAUGGUCCAAUCUGUACAGAAUACGCCAUCAAUAAAUUGCGGCAAGAAGGAAGCGAGGAGGGGAUGUACGUGCUGAGGUGGAGCUGCACCGACUUUGACAACAUCCUCAUGACCGUCACCUGCUUUGAGAAGUCUGAGCAGGUGCAGGGUGCCCAGAAGCAGUUCAAGAACUUUCAAAUCGAGGUGCAGAAGGGCCGCUACAGUCUGCACGGUUCGGACCGCAGCUUCCCCAGCUUGGGAGACCUCAUGAGCCACCUCAAGAAGCAGAUCCUGCGCACGGAUAACAUCAGCUUCAUGCUAAAACGCUGCUGCCAGCCCAAGCCCCGAGAAAUCUCCAACCUGCUGGUGGCUACUAAGAAAGCUCAGGAGUGGCAGCCCGUCUACCCCAUGAGCCAGCUGAGUUUCGAUCGGAUCCUCAAGAAGGAUCUGGUGCAGGGCGAGCACCUUGGGAGAGGCACAAGAACACACAUCUACUCUGGGACCCUGAUGGAUUACAAGGAUGACGAAGGAACUUCUGAAGAGAAGAAGAUAAAAGUGAUCCUCAAAGUCUUAGACCCCAGCCACAGGGAUAUUUCCCUGGCCUUCUUCGAGGCAGCCAGCAUGAUGAGACAGGUCUCCCACAAACACAUCGUGUACCUCUACGGAGUCUGUGUCCGCGACGUGGAGAAUAUCAUGGUGGAAGAGUUUGUGGAAGGGGGUCCUCUGGAUCUCUUCAUGCACCGGAAAAGCGAUGUCCUUACCACACCAUGGAAAUUCAAAGUUGCCAAACAGCUGGCCAGUGCCCUGAGCUACUUGGAGGAUAAAGACCUGGUCCAUGGAAAUGUGUGUACUAAAAACCUCCUCCUGGCCCGUGAAGGCAUCGACAGUGAGUGUGGCCCGUUCAUCAAGCUCAGUGACCCCGGCAUCCCCAUUACGGUGCUGUCUAGGCAAGAGUGCAUUGAACGAAUCCCAUGGAUUGCUCCCGAGUGUGUUGAGGACUCCAAGAACCUGAGUGUGGCUGCUGACAAGUGGAGCUUUGGAACCACGCUCUGGGAAAUCUGCUACAAUGGCGAGAUCCCCUUGAAAGACAAGACGCUGAUUGAGAAAGAGAGAUUCUAUGAAAGCCGGUGCAGGCCGGUGACACCAUCGUGUAAGGAGCUGGCUGACCUCAUGACCCGCUGCAUGAACUACGACCCCAAUCAGAGGCCUUUCUUCCGAGCUAUCAUGAGAGACAUUAAUAAGCUUGAAGAGCAGAAUCCAGAUAUUGUUUCAGAAAAAAAACCAGCAACUGAAGUGGACCCCACACAUUUUGAAAAGCGCUUCCUAAAGAGGAUCCGUGACUUGGGAGAGGGCCACUUUGGGAAGGUUGAGCUCUGCAGGUAUGACCCCGAAGGGGACAAUACAGGGGAGCAGGUGGCUGUUAAGUCUCUGAAGCCUGAGAGUGGAGGUAACCACAUAGCUGAUCUGAAAAAGGAAAUCGAGAUCUUAAGGAACCUCUAUCAUGAGAACAUUGUGAAGUACAAAGGAAUCUGCACAGAAGACGGAGGAAAUGGUAUUAAGCUCAUCAUGGAAUUUCUGCCUUCGGGAAGCCUUAAGGAAUAUCUUCCAAAGAAUAAGAACAAAAUUAACCUCAAACAGCAGCUAAAAUAUGCCGUUCAGAUUUGUAAGGGGAUGGACUAUUUGGGUUCUCGGCAAUACGUUCACCGGGACUUGGCAGCAAGAAAUGUCCUUGUUGAGAGUGAACACCAAGUGAAAAUUGGAGACUUCGGUUUAACCAAAGCAAUUGAAACCGAUAAGGAGUAUUACACCGUCAAGGAUGACCGGGACAGCCCUGUGUUUUGGUAUGCUCCAGAAUGUUUAAUGCAAUCUAAAUUUUAUAUUGCCUCUGACGUCUGGUCUUUUGGAGUCACUCUGCAUGAGCUGCUGACUUACUGUGAUUCAGAUUCUAGUCCCAUGGCUUUGUUCCUGAAAAUGAUAGGCCCAACCCAUGGCCAGAUGACAGUCACAAGACUUGUGAAUACAUUAAAAGAAGGAAAACGCCUGCCGUGCCCACCUAACUGUCCAGAUGAGGUUUAUCAACUUAUGAGGAAAUGCUGGGAAUUCCAACCAUCCAAUCGGACAAGCUUUCAGAACCUUAUUGAAGGAUUUGAAGCACUUUUAAAAUAAGAAGCACGAAUAACAUUUAAAUUCCACAGAUUAAGUCCUCCUCCUGCAACAAAUGCCCAAGUCAUUUUUUAAAAAUUUCUAAUGAAAAAAAGUUUGUGUUCUGUCCAAAAAGUCACUGAACUCAUACUUGAGUACAUAUACAUGUAUAAGGCACACUGUAGUGCUUAAUAUGUGUAAGGACUUCCUCUUUAAAUUUGGUACCAGUAACGUAGUGACACAUGACAACCAAAAUAUUUGAAAGCACUUAAGCACUCCUCCUUGUGGAAAGAAUAUACCACCAUUUCAUCUGGCUAGUUCACCAUCACAACUGCAUACCAAAAGGGGAUUUUUGAAAACAAGAGGAGUUGACCAAAAUAAUGUCUGAAGAUGAUUGCUUUUCCCUGCUGCCAGCUGAUCUGAAAUGUUUUGCUGGCACAUUAAUCAUAGAUAAAGAUUGAUGGACUUAGCCCUCAAAUUUCAGUAUCUAUACAGUACUAGACCAUGCAGUCUUAAAAUAUUAGAUACCAGGUAGUAUAUAUUGUUUCUGUACAAAAAUGACUGUAUUCUCUCACCAGUAGGACUUAAACUUUGUUUCUCCAGUGGCUUAGCUCCUGUUCCUUUGGGUGACCACUAGCACCCAUUUUUGAGAAAACUGGUUCUACACGGGGAGAUAGCUGUGGAAUAGAUAAUUUGCUGCAUGUUAAUUCUCGAGAACUAAGCCUGUGCCAGUGCUUUCCUAAGCAGUAUACCUUUAAUCAGAACUCAUUCCCAGAGCCUGGAUGCUAUUACACAUGCUUUUAAGAAACAUCAAUGUAUAUCCUUUUAUAACUCUACCACUUUGGGGCAAGGUAUUCCAGCAUUGGUUAUGAAUGCUGUAUGCAACCAGUCUGAAUACCACAUACGCUGCACUGUUCUUAGAGUGUUUCCAUACUUACCACCGAUCUACAGGGGUUGAUCCCUGUUUUUACCAUCACCCUAUGGUGCAACACUUGAAAGGAAAGACCCGGCUAGAGGCACUAUGGACUUCAGGAUCCACUAGACAGUUUUCAGUUUGCUUGGAGGUAGCUGGGUUAUUAUCAAUCAUCAAAAAUGUUUAGUCACUGAUUCAAUGUGAACAAUUAAUUAAGGUCUUCAUGACCAAAAGAAAGAGUCCGAAAAUCUUUUUGUUAUGCUGUUUAGUAUUUGUUUGAUAUUGUUACUUUUCACUUGUUGAGCCCAAAUUCAGGAUUGGUUCAGUGGCAACAAUGAAGUUGCAAUUUAAAUUUGUUCAUAGCCUACAUCACCAAGGUCUCUGUGUCAAACCUGUGGCCACUCUAUAUGCACUUUGUUUACUCUUUAUACAAAUAAAUAUACUAAAGACUUUA